AUGAGCGAUAUGAACGCUGCAAAACUGAUCAGCAGGUGCUGGAACAAUUUACCCGGGAGACUGAGAGUGUCAGAACUCGCUUUCGACGUUCCUCUGGACUAUUCAAACCCAGCCUCUGCCUCGCUUCGGCUAUUCGCCCGGGGCGUGCAGCGGCGAGUGCCAGGUGCUGCGGUUGACGAUAAAGAGAGACAGCUACCUUGGAUCGUCUUCCUGCAGGGCGGACCAGGAGGAGCCAGUCCACAGCCGCAGGAGGUGGGCUGGAUCCUCCUUCUUGACCAGCGAGGCACGGGUCUUUCAACCCCUAUUACUGCUGCUACCCUGGCACUUCAGGGAAAUGCCAUCAAGCAGGCCGAGUAUCUGAGAUUGUUUCGUGCAGACAAUAUCGUUCGAGACUGCGAAGCGGUUCGCAAAGUCUUGACAGCCUACUAUCCUGGCGAUAGACAGAAAUGGAGCGUCCUAGGCCAGAGCUUUGGUGGCUUUUGUGCUGUAACAUAUCUUUCCAAACAUCCCAAGGGAUUGAAGGAAGUUUUCACGACGGGUGGACUUCCACCGCUGGUGUCCAAACCAGACCCUGUUUACGAGCGAACUUAUGACAAGGUUCAAAUGCGGAAUAAGGCUUAUUACUCCAAAUUCCCAGAAGAUGAGCAGCGAGUGCGAAUUAUACUCCGCUACUUGACAGAAAACACCAUCACAUUCCCCGACGGCGGGGUUCUGACGCCAGAACGCUUCCUCCAAUUAGGAAUACAUUUUGGCAUGAAAGGUGGUCUUGACUUGGUCCACGGCAUUAUAUUGAAAUGUACCAACGACUUGGACACUUUCGGCUUCUUUACCCGGCCCACCAUUGCUUUGAUUGAAAGUGACACUGGCGCAGACAACGGUAUUCUAUAUGCAAUUAUGCACGAAGCUAUCUAUUGUCAAGGGGAGCCAUCGAAUUGGGCGGCCGAAAGGUUGUUACCACGAUUCCCAGAGUUCCGAGGCGCUCAUAAUCCUCAUGGAAUAUUCUUCACGGGAGAAAUGGUAGGGAACACAUUUAUUGCGGAAAUGCAAAGGGUCCCAGUUGCUAAAAAGGUCUAUUUACAGGUAUACAAGCACUGGUUCGAGUCGUCCCAGGAACUCGGUCAGCUCAAAGAAGUAGCCGAUAUCGUUGCUUCAUACAAUGACUGGCCUCAAUUGUAUGAUAUCGAGCAACUCGCACGCAACGAAGUGCCAGUUUACUCUGCCACGUACGUCGAGGACAUGUACGUGCAUUUCAGCUAUGCGACCGAAACAGCUGCCGUGAUUCGCAACUGUAAACCGUUCGUUACCAACACCAUGUAUCACAACGGGCUUCGUUCAGACUCUGCAGAGCUAAUUGCACAGUUGUUUGCUCUCCGUGAUGAUACGAUCGACUAG